AUGGCGGAAUUGGAGAAAAUCACCCUUGGGUUAUCAGCUCAGCAGUUGGAUUUCAAACGUUUUGUCCCCAGUCGAUGUGACACCACCCAACGAAAUCCACACCGAGCUGAUGUCAACAUGAACCAAGAUUGCCCGAAAUUAGCGAAAUGCACUGAUUCACAGUUUGAUUUUGACGGAGACUCAAAUGGAGCCCAGAAUAAAAACAUCACAAAGGAGAGACUCAACUGGGCUCCAGACUCACCAGAAGAAAUGCACCAGGAAUGCAGGGUGCUGCUGCAGCCGAGGAGUCUAUUCCAGGCAAAAUUGGCCAAAAAUUCGGGAGGCUUGCCGGUCCGCCAUCAAGACGAGAUCCGAUUGGCCAAAGGUCUGGGCUCAACAGCCAAUCAUGACCCAGUAUUGGCCAAAUGCCGGUUGCCAAUGGCGCAUCCAGAACGCGUCAGAAAUUCCAGAAAGUUAUAA